AUAUAAUUCAUAGCUUUAUACUCUCAAAACUCGAAUCAGGAUAUCGCCUCAAAAACGAAUACCUGGCUGUUCUUUGACACUCGUACGUCUUUCCCUUGCCCACAACGAUAACGACGACCACCACGGACGGCGAUCACGAUGACCACCUCGACCCCGACCUCGACCACCACAACCUCCAAAGCUUAUAGCAUCACCUUUCCCACACCCUUUCAUACCUCGCCUUACCGCUUCAUCGUACAACACACCACCAUCGGACCUAGUACUUCGCUGCUCUACGCCGGGUUGGGGACCGUUGCCGGCGAAGACGACGUCGAUCACGAGGGGGAUGAAGGGUCGAAGAAGGAUGGAAACGGUAACGCUGAUGCCUACCAAGCUGCGUUGAGGAAUGCGGAAGGAGGACCGGAUGAUAUGACGGUAGGGAUCGAAGAGCCGUCGUCCUCCCCAGAGUACGGAUCGAACAUCAGGGUAGACUUAAGACCUGGGUCAAGACGUCUAGCAUCCGACUGGGCAUGUUCGUUUCCAUCCCGUUCGUCAACGAUCCCUAAUACGUCGACUACCCUCCUUUCCAUCUCGAAUCCUGCCAACAACUCUUCUUCUUCUCAAUCAGCCGGACCUGGACUCGGAGGGUCGGACACGGAAAGGGGAAAGAACAUCGCCAAUCGACUAGCCCGCCGAACGUCCCGUCAAAUCUUCCUCAACCUCAACCUCCCUCAUCCGCUCCCCACAGACCUCUUUCCCGCCUCCAUAUCCUCUUCCGCAUUCCCCGGAUCAUCAAUAUCGAGAACGGGCAUGGGCAUGGGGCCGAGCGCAGGGUCAGCGGGAGGAAUGGGAGGAGAUCCGGUAGAGGCCAAGCUGGUUUUGGCACUCGAAAAGGCGUUGGUACGGGUCUUGCAGGGUGAUCUAUAGCCUUCCAUGCUGCGAGGUCGAAGUUACAGACGGAACCGAUAUCAUUAUUUCUCCGCGGACAAAAAACGCAUUGAGGUCGGGACGGGGCAGCAAAGACCUGUCAAGACGCUCUCGACACCUCCGAGGCAGAUCAGUCCACAGCUCCCUCGAAAUCCAGGGUUUCUCAUUCGACCACGGAAAACAGGAGCAUCCAUGCCUAAGUUACCUUGUACGAAUGAGCUAAGAACAAACCGAACACAAGAGGUUCUGCCUGCAUCGGAGGCCCUGUAAGGCGCAUUUCCAGGAGUUUAGAAGUCUUCCAGUUGAUCACACCUCUUCUCGCUGGCUGAGAUGCAGCAGUAGCACAUUGCCGUAUAAGAUUCCGAGCCAUCUGAAAGGGUUCAUACGUCUUGUGCACAGGCAUACAUUAUAUGAGAUUCAUGAACAACG